UUCUAUUGAUACAUUGACUCAUGUGAUAUUGCAAUAUAUAUAUUCAUAGUGUAGUUUAUAAGCUAAAACCUACUUAUAGUUUUAAAAAACAUUUUCAGUCAAGAAAGCCAUUUGUUAAGAGAGUAUUUUAUAUAUUCUUUUUUUUUCCUCCUUUGUAGUGCAAUGUUAAAAAUGGAAUAUUGAAAUUUUAAGUCAUUUAACAAAUGGCAGCCACUGCAAAUUUAAAUCUUAAUUCCACUUCUAAUGUGCCUAGUGCCAGACCGUGCAAUAUCUGUGAACAUUGUCGUAAAUAUUACUUAACACUAAAGCCUCAUGAGCUUUAUGCACAGUGCGUAGAACGUCCUUUUAUGUGUUCUUAUUGUGACCGAACUUUUGCUCGUAAAGAUAAGCUAAGCGAUCACAUUAAAACUCAUACUGGAGAGCGUCCACAUGUUUGUCCUCACUGUGGUAAGAGUUUCACCCGUAAAGAUAAACUGACGGUACAUGUCCGUAUUCACACUGGUGAAAGACCUUAUGUUUGUCCGCAUUGUAACAAAGGAUUUGCUAGAAAGGAAAAGUUAGGGGCACACAUGUGUAUACACACUGGCCAACAUCCUUAUCACUGUCCUCAUUGUGGUAAGGGAUUUGCAUGGCGAGAUAAGUUAGUUAACCAUAUUCGUAUCCAUACCGGUGAACGACCAUUUGUGUGUAAGCAUUGUGGAAAAGGAUUUGCCCAAAAUGAUAAACUGACUACUCAUAUAAGAAUUCAUACAGGUGAGCGACCUUUUGUUUGCAAGCACUGUGGUAAAGCUUUUGCAAGAAAUGAUAAACUUACUGUCCAUGUUCGCAUUCAUACAGGCGAGCGUCCCUUUGUGUGUAAGCUUUGUGGUAAAGCCUUUGCGAGAAAAGAUAAACUUACUACACAUAUACGCAUGCAUACCGGUGAGAGACCUUUUGUGUGCAAUCAUUGUGGUAAAGCAUUUGACCUGAAAGGAAAAUUAAAUGCCCAUAUGAACAUUCAUACGGGUAAACAUGCUUUUGUGUGUAAUCAUUGUGGCAUUGGAUUUGAUUUAAAAGAGAAGUUAAAUUCUCACUUACUUUUACAUUUAGGAAGCAACCCAUGUGAUGCAUUGAUUGUUAAUCCUUUAAUGGCAAAACCUCUAUAAAAAUUUUCUGUAGAUUCAAUCAGGGAUGCCAACUGUAAUUUUAAUUGCGGGUACAAAAACUUGAAAGAUUAGAAUAAUCUCAAUGACAAAUUUUCCUAAUUCUUAAGACUCCUCCUUGCUUGUUUUAUAUCUAUAUACAGUACAUAGGGUUCAACUUCUAGAACUUGAGCAUCUAUAGCUCAACUUAACUUUUUUAUUGCUCGAGGUUUUUAAAUUUUUGCCUAGAGUAUCAACUUUAACAAUGGAAAUUUUUUCUAUUAUUCUAAGGAUUAUAUUAUACAGUACAGAACCUCUUAUCCGGAAAUCAGAAUACCGAGAAAGCAGAAAACAGGAACAAAAUACAAUACAUUUUCCCACCAUUUUUUAAAAAAAACUUUUUUUUGUUUUUGUUUUCCUCAAAAGAUUUCAGAAUUCUUUCUUUUUAAAAGAUGUUUACCAUCAUUUUAGAAAUAAUCAUUAGUUCCUACACU